CGGAGCAGUAGUACGGCCGCUCCCCGGUGUGUGUUCGGAUGUGAACUUUGCGGAUGUUGGAGGUGGUAAACGACCUGCCGCAGCCCUCGACUGGACAUUUAAAAGGCUUCUCUCCUGCAGACGAGAAACAUGAUCAGCCCCACAGUGUUGUGCUCCCCGUGAUGAUCAUGUGAAUGGAAACUACUUUGCUGGCUCUGAGGAAAAAUUCAAACAAACACAUACUGCUAACAAAACCCUGCAAUUUGUGGAGCCUAUUCUGGACGGAGGCGCUGCACCCCAAUCAGUAUUCUUCAGAAAACAGUGGAUUUAAACGGAAGUCUCGCUGUUAACCUCAACACUACUGACUAUGAUGGGGGGGUCUCCUCUCCUCCACUAACCUGAGCUCACCAUCGGGAAUCCCUCAUUAGACACACGCACCGGACAGGCACAGACACACACCGGCCCGCUCUGCCUCUCACACCCGCAGACAUGCUCACAGGGAUGCGGACGGAGACCCGCGGGGACUCGGUGGUCCUGGAUGCUGCGGCUCUGAGGCAGCAGAGGAGGCUGAAGCAGGCGAUCCAGUUCCUCCAUAAAGACUCAGCUGACCUGCUGCCUUUGGAUGGACUGAAGAAGCUCGGGACAUCAAAACAGGGGCAGCCACACCAUAUCAUCCAGAAGCGCCUGCUGGAGACCAAGAUGUCCCGGGGGAGGGUGAACAUGUGCGGGGUGAGCCCAAACAACGGGCAGAUCCUUCUGAGCUGCACUCAUUUCAAUUCAAAUGAAGACGAGGAAGAGGAGGAGGAAGAUUUCAUCUAUGUGCCCAGUAAGUGUUUAGGACACGAGGUGAACUUGCUGAUCGACACCGGCUGCAAACUGAACCUGAUGUCCUCAGUAACUGUGGAGAGACUCGGUUUGAAAGAUCUGGUCGAUGAGAACAAAAUGGAGACAGAGGGAUUUCCGUUUCAGCGGAAGCUUUGUGUCGAUGGACACAUCAGAGAGCUCAGCCUCACCGUCGGGCAACUCCGAAUUAUGUGCUCCUUUGCUAUAAUAGAGAGUAACAGACCACUGAUGUCCCUUGGAAACAAGACAUUAAAGAAACUUAAGUGUGUAAUUGACACUGAAAAGCAGAUGUUGGUGUUUGGCACGAACGUGAGGGAGCAAGUUCAAUUUGUCAAGAAGCCAUUCAAUGAAAGUUCCUACGACUUCAGCAACCUGUGAUGCUCACCUACAACACACACAGUGACCAAAAGCAAUUGCGGUAGUUUGUGGUACAACUAGACGCCUCUUAAGGGAACUGCAGAUUUCUCACCUCAUAAAUUCACUUUGUUUGAGUCAGAUCAUCGUGCUGACUUCACCUG